AUGUGUCAGCUGACCCUCCUUUGUGUUCUCUUGGCCUUAUCUGGGCUCAGCCUGGCUCGGCCACACCUGCCUAUCCUCUCCUCAGAGAUGGUUGAUUUCAUUAACAAGGCCAAUACAACAUGGAAGGCUGGGCAGAACUUCUAUAAUGUUGAUAUCAGCUAUGUGAAGGGACUCUGUGGGGCCUUGCUGAAUGGACCCAGGCUGCCAGAGGUGGAGCAUGCUGUUGAAGGUGUAAGGCUUCCAGACAGCUUUGACCCACGUCUGCAGUGGCCCAACUGUCCCACUAUCCAACAGAUCAGAGACCAGGGCUCCUGUGGGUCCUGCUGGGCCUUUGGGGCAGCUGAGGCCAUAUCUGACAGAAUAUGUAUCUUCAGUGGUGGUAAGGUCUCUGUGGAGAUCUCUGCUGAAGAUCUGCUGUCCUGCUGUGAUGAAUGCGGCAUGGGGUGUUUUGGUGGCUAUCCCUUUGAUGCAUGGCAAUUCUGGGCAAAGAGUGGGCUGGUGACAGGCGGACUGUAUGGCUCCAAAUCAGGCUGUCGGCCUUAUAGCAUCCCUCCUUGUGAGCACCAUGUGAAUGGAAGCCGUCCUCCCUGUCAAGGCGAACAGGAAACUCCCAAGUGUGAGCAGCAGUGCCUGGAUGGAUACCCUCUGUCCUAUCAGAAGGACAAACACUUCGGUAAACAAGCAUACAACCUCCCGGCCAAGCAGGAGCAGAUCAUGACUGAGCUGUACAAGAAUGGACCGGUGGAGGCAGCUUUCUCUGUCUACGCGGAUUUCCUGCUGUACAAAACUGGUGUGUACCAGCACGUGACAGGGGAAAUGUUGGGAGGCCAUGCCAUCAAGAUUCUGGGCUGGGGCGAGGAGGAUGGGACUCCCUACUGGCUGGCUGCCAACUCCUGGAACUCUGACUGGGGAGACAAAGGUUUCUUCAAGAUCAAGCGUGGAAGCGAUGAAUGUGGCAUUGAAUCAGAGGUGGUCGCAGGGAUCCCUCUCAGCUAGACAUUACAUGAGUCCUGCAGACAGCCUUCAGUUCAAGUCAGCUGAUGAGCUUUAAAAGGAAAACUGCAAUUUGUGAAAAAAAAAAAACUGACCGUUUACAUUGAA